AUGGAAGCUCAUUUGUCUUCAGAUAAUGACGUGCAACAAGAAGUGUCAGAUGAAGAUGAUUUUAUUGCUGAGGAGGUUGAGGGUGAUUCAGCUAAUCAAUUAACAGAGAAACAGAUCCUGUUACAGCCUACGAAGGGAAUGCUAUUUGACAGCAAAGAUGAUGCUAUUAACUUCUACAAAAAUUAUGCAAAAAAGACAAGAUUUGGUGUGACCAAAAGAGGAUGUAAAAAGAAUGAAGAUGGCAAGGGUGAGGAGUUUUGUAUUAGCAGUGUUACACUCGACCAUAAUCAUGCUGUAAGUCCAAACAAAGCAAGAUUUCUCCGAUGCCACAAGAAGCUAGAUGUUCAUGCCAAGAGAAGACUAGAGUUAAAUGACCAAGCAGAAAUUCGUUUAAACAAAAGUUUUGGUUCUCUUGUUAUGCAAGCCGGAGGUUAUGAAAAUCUUGAGUUUGGUAAAAAGGAGUGCAGGAACUAUUUGCAGUAUUUGCAGGAUGUAAGAAAGCUGAAUCUUGGUGCUGGAGAUGCUUAUGCAAUCAAUCAAUAUUUCCUCCGUAUGCAGUCCAAAAACCCAAACUUUUUCUAUGUCAUGGAUGUUGGACCAGACUGCAGGCUAAGAAAUAUAUUGUGGGUUGAUACUAGAAGUCGAGCUACAUAUGAAUCCUUCUCAGAUGUUGUGACAUUUGAUACUACAUACUUGACAAAUAAAUACCACAUGCCAUUUGCUCCUUUUGUAGGCAAUGCUAUUGAAGUAGUAUUCCCUGAUGCUAGGCAUAGAUGGUGUUUAUGGCACAUCAUGAAGAAGGUUCCUGAGAAGCUUGGUGGGUACACAAAAUAUGACGAUAUCAGGAUUACAUUGUCAAAUGUAGUCUAUGACUCGUUAAGUAAAGAUGAUUUCGACAAGGGAUGGAUCAAUAUGAUUGAUGGUUUUGGCCUUCAUGACAAUGAAUGGCUUGGUGGAUUGUACAAUGACAGACAUCUAUGGGCUCCAGCUUUCUUUGAUGGCUAUGUAAAUUCUACCACUACAUUGAAGCAGUUUGUGGAGCAAUAUGACAAUGCAUUAAGAGACAAGGUAGAGAAAGAAAACAGGUCCGAUUGUAAAUCAUUUCAGGAGGUGAUUCCAUGUAUUACACAUUAUGAAUUUGAGAAGCAAUUCCAGGCAACGUAUACAAAUGCAAAGUUUAAAGAGUUUCAGGAUGAGUUGAGAGGCAAAAUAUAUUGCUAUCCGAAUUGUCUUGAGAAAGAAGGGUCAAAUUGUACUUUCAAAGUGAGAGAAGAUAGAAAGGUUGGAGAAAAAAUGAUUGUUUCAGAGUUCAUUGUUCUGUUCAACAAAGAGGAAGGUGACAUGAGGUGUGAAUGUCGGCGUUUUGAAUUUUGA